CCCCCCCCCUGCCUCGCUCUGUCUCUUCGCUUUCCAAAAAAAAAAAAAAAAAAAAAAAAGAACCAAGCAAAACACACUCCCAACCAACCAACCCAGCACCCACCAAGCGGACUGUCAAAGUCGAAGAAACUACUUAGCACCCUCUAACUUACUAAAAAAACAAGACAACCAUCCAUCAUGGCUGCUGUAACUCAAACCGAUGUCACCACCGUUGUCGAUGAAGGCGGUGCUGAAGAAAUGGUCAUCGAGUCCAACUGGGACCAAGUUGUCGACAACUUUGAUGCCAUGGAGCUCAAGGGUGAACUAUUGCGUGGGAUCUACGCCUACGGUUUCGAACGACCCUCGGCCAUCCAACAGCGUGCCAUCAUCCCCGUCAUCAAGGGUCACGACGUGAUUGCUCAAGCCCAAUCCGGAACAGGCAAGACGGCCACCUUCUCGAUCUCGAUCUUGCAAUCCAUCGAUGUCAACAUCAAGGCUUGCCAGGCUCUUGUCCUCGCUCCAACCCGUGAAUUGGCCCAACAGAUCCAAAAGGUCUUGGUCGCCCUCGGUGACUACCUCAACAUCGAGUGCUAUGCCGCCGUCGGUGGAACAUCAGUCCGUGAUGGAAUGGCCAAGCUUCAAGAGGGAGUCCACGUGAUCGUCGGCACUCCUGGUCGUGUGUUCGAUAUGAUCCAACGUCGUGCACUCAAGACCGAUCACAUCAAGAUCUUCACCCUCGACGAGGCUGAUGAGAUGUUGAGUCGGGGUUUCAAGGACCAAAUCUACGACGUCUUCCAACUCCUACCACCGACCACCCAAGUCGUCUUGCUUAGUGCUACCAUGCCCCAAGACGUACUCGAGGUCACCUCCAAGUUUAUGAGAGAUCCGAUCCGGAUUCUUGUCAAGAGAGACGAACUUACCUUGGAAGGUAUCAAGCAAUUCUACAUUGCUGUCGAGAAGGAAGAUUGGAAACUUGAUACCCUCUGUGACUUGUACGAGACCGUCACAAUCACUCAGGCAGUCAUUUUCUGUAACACCCGUAGAAAAGUCGACUGGCUACAAGAGAAGUUGACCGGUCGGGAAUUUACCGUCUCGUCCAUGCACGGUGACAUGGAACAAGGCCAGCGAGAAGUGAUCAUGAAGGAGUUCCGAUCGGGCUCUUCGCGAGUGUUGAUCACCACCGAUCUGUUGGCACGUGGUAUCGAUGUCCAACAGGUCUCCUUAGUCAUCAACUACGAUCUACCGGUCUCGAAAGAGAACUACAUUCACCGUAUCGGUCGUGGUGGUCGUUUUGGUCGUAAAGGUGUGGCAAUCAACUUUGUCGCCACGGAGGAUGUGCCUGCAUUGAGAGAACUAGAGCGGUUCUACAACACACAAAUAGAUGAGAUGCCCCUGAACGUCGCCGACCUUAUCUAAUAAAAUCUCGAAUAUAGAGAACGAAGCGAAACCGAAAUAAAAAAAAAUAAAACAACCGUGAAUAAAUUAUUCCAAUCUUUCUUUUGUUGGGUUUCAGAUCAUUCGAUACUAUUUAGAGUUUGAAUUAUAGCCAAGGAGACCAUCAUUUUAUUUUAUCCUUCACCCAAGUAGAUUGAUCAAGACCAAAAAAGCGUUGUCGAUAAGUUGAAUUCCCAAAAGAUAGAUAAAGAAAGAGAGACAAACCCAAAAAGAGGAGAUCUUCGUACUAGUUUUAAUUGGUUGAUUUUUUUUAUAUUUUUCUUUGGCUGUUAAUUGUCAGCCAAACGACCAAACCCCCAUAUUCCCCAAGUUUUGUUUUCUAUUCCAUUCCAUCUUUCUUUUUUUUGAAACUGUCUCUCUUUCUAUCUCUCUUCCCCUACUUCUCAUCACUACUUACUAUCUACUCUUGUCUUCUUUCUUUUGUUUUUUCCUCUUUCUUUUUCUUGCCCCCGAAUACACAAAAAGGGGGGCGAAAAAAAAAAUGAAUGCAACGAAACAAAACAAAAAUCGCUAUCUCGAUCAUAUCGUACACACACAGUCAACCACUAGCUGGCUUUUUUUUCUUGUCUUUCUCUCUCGUCUGAUGAUCUCUCUCCGGUCCCCCGUUCCUUUGCUUCCCUCCUUCCCUUGUUAGAGUUCCUUUUUUUUUGGUUGUUCGUUCGGUCCUUUAUCUUUCAUGUGCUCCUUUAUUUCAAUACCAAUAUCCCAAGACCAAUAGAAAUGAGAAUAACACAUAUUUGCAUACACA